AUGGGCCAUAUAUAUACCUACGGAUGCAUAUACGACUCCGCGAUGGUCAAACGUGUGCAGUAUGCAUACGAUAAUGGGUUCCAGGUCGCAUCGCAUACUUGGGCGCACAAAGAUCUUACGACGCUGAACCACGACCAAAGGCUUCGUAGCGCUCUACUUCGUAAAGAUGUUAACUCGGAGAUGUCGCGCACUGAAGAGGCAAUCCGAAAGAUCACAGGCGCAACGCCUGCGUACACCCGUCCGCCGUACGGGAACGUGAACGAUGAUGUAUAUACCACUGCCGGCGCGCGGGGGCAGACGCUGGUGACGUGGGACUUUGAUUCUGGAGAUUCUACUGGGUCGACGGUUGAACAGCAGAAGCAGGCGUAUGAGAAGCUCGUAAAGAAGCGCCCUAAGAGUGUGUUGUCAUUGGAGCAUGAAGUCUAUGAAACGACAGCGCAUCAAGUUCUGCCUUACGUCAUAUCUAAGAUGCAAGCGGCGGGGUAUAGGCUCGUCACUCUGUCGGAAUGCCUUGGGACGUCGCCGUAUUUAAAGGUCGAAGCUGCUGAAAAGCGCGAUGUGAGCUAG